UAUGAUUCCGCAGUAAGUUGUGCCUAGACGAACAGCGCGUGGACAGGCGCGUGGAAUGCACUUGACAGCAACUUACACGCCCUUCGUUUUUCAGUGAAAGUAGAAUGCUUAUAUAGCUGGUCAGUACCAAAGUUGCCAUUGUGGCGAAAAACGAUAUCAACGUGUGGAAGACAUUGACCACUUCUCUUCGUGCCGCGGCUGCGCCGAUCAUGCCGUUAGGAGUCAUAUCACGCUGUUGAGAUGCUAAGGCUAUCGGCUUGUGCACCCGGCCAUAGUCGCGCCAGGGGCGAGUUCCCCGGUGGACGGAGACGCCUCUAUGAGCAGCCCGAGCCCGAAGUCACCUCCUCCGCUAGGGAAUGGUGACAAAAUUCCGUGGUGGAUGCCGGGCGAGUCAACCGCGCUGCGCAUCGGCGUGUUUGCGGGCCUGUGUGUGGCCGCCUUCCUUGCGCUGCUAGCCGUCGUGUACACGGCCUGUCGCUGGCGCAAGUGGAUGAGGCGUCGGCGGCGCAGCGUCGGCGCGGGCGUCGGCAGCAGCGGCAGCGUGGAGGCAGAGCUCAGCGAGAGGGCUGAUGGCUCGGGACGCAAACAGCUGCCAGGGGAGGAUCCCAGCGUGGACGCCAACAGCGUGGCGAACGGCCACCACCACCAGCAUCACCAUCACGGCCACUACAAUGCCGCAAGGAGUGGUGACAGUCAGGAGCGGCUGCCAUUGACCUCCGCGGCGGCGGCUGGCACUGAUGCUAGCGGCGACGGCUCGACCCCUAGCUCGCCCGACACAGCCUUGGCCGGGGACAAACAACACGGCAGCCGCAGCCGGGGGCGCUGGGGCGGCCCGGCAGCAGCUGCCGGGGACGAGCAAGGCGCAAGCGGCAUGGCGGCGGCGAAGCGUGCCAGAAGCGCUGGGGCGGGAGCAGCAGCGGGAGCGGGAGUUGGCGGCAAGGCGGCGCUUGCGCCGGCUCAGGGCGGUGCGGUGCUGGAAAUAGGGGAGGGCGGCGGCAGCAGUGGCGGCAGUUGCAGUGAGGGCGGCACCGCAGGGCCCUCUCGCUCGCCAGACCAGGUGUCUAAGCAGGCCGGGCCGGGACACACGCCACCGCCACAGACGCUGCCACCGCAGCCCCACGUGCAGGCCAUGUACGCCACACGCGCGCUGUUUGAGUCGUACGGUCAGCGCGACGUGGAGCGGCGGCUGCGGCAGGCGGUGUUCGGGUCGCUCGGCGGCCCCACACCGCCCACGUCAGGGGCAUCUGUGGCUGCGGUGGCCGCGGCCGGCGUCGCGGCAGGGCGCGUCGCGGCGCCGCCGGCCGCGGCGCCAAGCCAGGCCUCGCUGGCGACGCUGGCAUCUGCAGGGACGCUGCCAGAGCUCGCGUCGCUGCAGCUGCAGCCCACGCAGCCGCCGGUGGCUGCGCCGUCGGGGCCGUGGGGCGCGUACAGUGCGCGGGACCUGCUGCUGGGCCGCAACCGGCGGCCUGUGCUCCGGUCGACCUGGGGCUUGCCUGCGCCGCUGCAGCCGCCUCCGGUGGCUCCAACUCCGGCACUUGAACCGGCGCCAGCGGCAGCGGCCUCCUUGGUGUUGCCGCAGGACGGGGCUGUUGCAGGGGCCACAAGUCCUGUGGCAGCUGUGGGCUCUGCAGCUGGCGGCACGGCUGCGCUUUCCGCGGCAGGCGCAGCUGCGGCAGCUGGGACCGCAGCCGCGGGUGUGGCGGCGGCGCUUGCGGACCCCGCACCUGUGCCGUCACCUGUUGGGCGCGCACCAGUCGCGCGGGCGGCUUCAGAGGCUGCGCCCGCUGAGGCUGCACCCGCAGCUGCGGCAGCCGCUGGGGAACAGCAACAGUCGCCAACAGCCUCUGCAGCAGCGGAGGAUGAUUACACGGUCCCAAGUUCACGGCCAGGGCCAGGGCCGGCGUCAGGGUCAAGACAAGGGCCAGGGCCAGGGGAUAUGCAUGUACAAGAUGCGGCGACAACCGCGGCAGAAGGUGCGCCGCUGCCUGCAUCACCAGCGGCAGGGGCUGCAGACCUAGCCGCACCGCAAAGCCCUUCACCUGCUGCGUACUCCUCGGCGCCAGCUUUGAGCGGUUCGCCGGCCUCGGUCGCACCCGCACCAGCCUCCGCUGCACCCGUAACCGCAGCCGCGCCCGCCGGACCGGCGGAGGCGGCUUCUCCUGCGGUGCCGCCUGUGGCGGUCGGCGCCGCGGUGGGGCUGGCGGCUGGGGCCGCCACUGCUGGAGGGCUCCUCGCCGCAGACGCGUGGCGGAGACGGGAGCGGCCGCGCACACCACACGACGGCCAGCACCAGCGCGAGGCGCACACGGAGGACGACCACAGCGCGGGCGCCUUCUUGGAGUCUGUGCCUGAGGCGGAGGAGCCCGUGAGCGCGGCCGCAUUGCACGCAGCACCGCCAGCUGCUGUAGAGGCGGCGCCGCCGCAUGCCGCCUACAACGCCGGUGAUGUCGUGGCUCCGCCGGUGUGGGUGGGGGUUGGCCCUACGGCCGCCGCCGCGGCGGCGGCGGCCGCGCCGGAGGUGGCGUCACCCACGGGUCAGCAUCGCUUCAGCCGCUCGAGCACGCAGCACUCGUGCACGUGGCCGCCGGGGCCGCAGAGCAUCCACGACGCUUCGGCGCUGCUGCCUGCUGGGCCCUCGGGGCUGGGCGCUCCUGCGCCGCACGCGCCUGACGGCGCGCCGGUGGCUGCGAUGGGCGGCACCGGCGCGGCUGCGGCAGUGGCUGCGGCGGGGGCCAUGGAGGUGCCUGGAAACAGCACAGGGCCGGGCGCUACGAUGGCGCAUGUCGGAGAUGCGUCGACGCCCCUGUCCGGUGAUGUAGGAGAGGCCCUGACUGGACCCGUUGUUGCGCCGGGCGAGGUCAACCUGGACGUCACCGAGUCGCCAUACGCCACCGCUGGGGGGCUACAAACGGGAGCGGCAGGCGGGGAUGCAGCCGCGCAGGUGCAGGAUCCGGAUCUGGCGGCCGGUGACGGGCCGCCGCCCAGUCAGCUCGGCGACGCAGCGCACCAUGCUCAGCGACCGGCGCGCGACGCAGCUGGGGCUGAGGACUCCUUUGGAGCACCCACUCCUCGCGCAGUCAUGGGCACAGAAGCGGCCACCUUUGACGGUUCUGCCGAGCAUGCCGCCGCGACCCCAACAGCAUCCGCUGCGGCCGCGGCUGCUCCGGUCCUCUCCGGCGCGGAGAGCACCGGCACUGGCACCGGCAGCCUCGCCGCAGCCGCAGCCGCGGCGCUGAGCGGCGCCGUGCUGGGUGCGGCGGUGGUCAGCGUCGCGGCUGGGCCCGACAGCUCGCAGCGGCACAGCGCCGGCGCCCUGUCCGGAGCUCACGCCAGCCACAGCGGCUACGAGACGCCGCGGUCGGGCACCGGGUCUUUCAGCAGUGCCGCCCGCCCCACAUCUGCAACGGCCGCGUCGGCGGAGCUGGAACAGCCGCACCAGCUGUCGCACCCGUGCCAAUUGCAGCCUGGGGGCGUGGCGCACGUCCACCGGCCGCCGUCGUCGCCAGAGCCGCACGCGGUGGCGGCAGUGCUCGCGUGCCUACACGGCGAGGACCCAGAGCCCGAGCUGACGACGGCGUCGGCGAGGGCAGAGCGUGACGGUGGCGGCUCGCGCCCGCAGUCGUAUUCCGUCCUCGCGCUUUCGAACAUGAGCGACCUCACCCCGGCGGCCGCAGCUGCCGUGUCUGCGGCCCCGUCGUCAGCGGGCGGCAGCAGCAGCAGCGGCCUUGCAGCGGCUGCGCAGCGCCUGCUGCUGCUCCAGCAGCGGGCAGCGGCGGGGGCCGCUGGCGCAGGAGCAGCUGCGUCGCCGCGUGACGUCGGCGCCGUCCUGGCAGCGCCCACUGGCAGCUCCGGUACGGCGCUGACGCCGGCCCUCGCCGCUGCGGCUACGGCCGUGGCUGUGUCGCCUGCAACGGCCUCCCUGGCGACCGAUCACGGCGGCCUGCUGGUCACCGGCUCCCGCACCCACUCGCAGACCUCGCUGCUCGUCGCGCCCUCGCACCCGGCGUCCCAAUCCAACACGCACGCCGGCGCCGCCGCGGCAAGCGGCAGCGGUGCGCCAGCGCCCCUGUCGCGGCUCACCUCGCCACGGCACGGGCAGCUGCUCGGUAGCUACAGCCCACGCGAGUCGGCGUCGGCCUCCGCUGCCGUAGCGCGCGUCGGCGCCGCAGGCGCGGCCGCGGUUGCGGCUGCGGGUAUGGGUGCCAGCGGCGUCACCUCUCGCCAGCCGUCUGCCACCGGAAUGCGGGAGCAGCUGGCAGGGCAUCUGGCGCAGCUGCUGGCGGUGGGGGUUUGCUCGACAGCUGGCAGCUCGGUGUCAGGCUCGAGGGCCGGGCGGGAGUCUGAGGCGGUCCUGGGUCUGGAUGAAUUCUUGCACGUGGGCACCUCCGCCCGCCGCAAAGACGCGGUGACGGCACCGGCGGCUGCGGCUGUGGUCACAACUGCAGCAACCGCGGGAUCAGCGGGCGCUAGCGGCGCCUUGGCUCACGUGCCUCCGCCUGUGUCACCCCCUAUUGCGCCGCGUGAGCGCUCCUUUGCCGCUCUGGCGGCGGCCGUCGCGGCGGGCCGGUUCCAGCGCCACAGUGGCGGUGGCGCAGGCGGUGGCGCCGGCGUCGCUGUCGCGAGCAACGCGCACUCGGCAGCCGCUGGCGGCGGCAUCGCGGCAGGAGUGGCGGCAACGUUGGCGGGCCAUGACCGGUCGCCGUCGCCGCGGCCGCCCUCACCUCCCUCCACGACCGUUGCUUCGGCGCUCACCUCCCGCACGCUGUUCAGCCUCGGUGGCGGCGGUGCCGUCGCUGCAGUAACGGGCGCUGCUCUCGGCAGCACUGCCUCGCCGCCCCUCAUUGCGGAGUCCUCCCGUGAAGACUUGGCACGCUCUACCCACGACACGCCCCGUUCAUCUGUGACUGCGGUCGCGGCGCUUGCGCCGGGCUCGCCACGCCGUGCAGGCGCGCCCGGGGGCGGCCCCGAGCUGGUUGCCGCACUCCUGCAGGCGCAGGCGCAGCCUCGCGAGCCGCAGGCGCUGCUGCGGCUGCAUGAGCCGCCUCCAGCACCGCAGCCGCAGGCGCAGCUGCGCUCGCCGCAGCGCCAGCGGCAGCAGCAGCAGCAUCUGCCGCUGCUGGAGGCGGCGGCACCGGGGCUUGAGGGCGAGGCCGGGCGGGCUGUUGGCCACGCACACGGCCACGACCAGGGGCAGGAGCUGGUCGAGCAGCCGCCCAUGACGCCGCGCGUGUGGCCGGCUUCGGGGGCGGCCAGCGGUGAGGGGCCGUUGGCUCGGUCGGUGGCUGAGCGGCUCAUGACGCUGAACCCGCUGUUCCGGCAGCGCGGCGGCGGAGGCGCCGGAGGCGGCGUGAGCGCUGGAGGUGCCACGGAUGACGGCAGGAACAGCAGCGCGGGCGGCGCGGAGAGCGGCGGGGAUGAGCUGUUGUGAAGAGCUAAUCGGGUCGGGUUUGGCAGAUGGUGUGUCGUGUGCACACAUGCAUGGCGGGACAACAUAAGCGCAGUCUUCAUCAGAGAGGUUCGGAUUAAUUGUAUGCCGUUCCAAUAUUUUGAUAGGGUUGCUGAGUGCUAUACCCCGGGCACGAGCUGUGGUCUGUGGACCGGGUUUGUGUGUGUGUGUGUGAACGAUGUGUUGUGGCAGAACCCGCGCCGUGUCAGACCACGGUAUCCGUGGGUCCCCGGGUCCCCGACGCCUGGCCACAGGUCGAAGCCAGUACCGUAAUGGACAUUGUUUGAAAACAUCAACUGAACUGGCGUCCCUUGACUAUACUGUAUUCCCCUUUAUUUUUGGGCUUGAAAACCAUUGAUGCUUUUGCUGCGGCGCUGUAGAGGAUGUCGCGCUGGGUUGCAUGUUGCAGCACAGGUGGCCACGGCUGUCAAGAGACUGGCCCGCUUGAUUGAUACGAUAACUGGUAUGCACCUCCGAUCCGGGCAAGAAUAGGCAUCGGUAGGAUGAGGUUAAAUGCGGCGGGUGACGCAGGGGGGUGCUUCGGCCAUAUGGUCCUGAGUGGGCGCGUGCUCACGGUGUUGAUGCGGUUGGUCAGCAAGCUUUGCCCUUAACGUUCACAACUCUGCCGUGGGUUUCGGCUAGGAACUGGUAAACAAAGUCCGUAAAUUCUCGGAUGAAAGGCGCCGUCAAUGCUGCUGUAACUCUCCUGGCGG